AUGGCUGAUAUUGAAAGUUUACCUUAUAUUGGAAAAAUAAAAAAUAGUGAAUGUGAAAUUAUUUCUUUAGAUAAGAUAAAUAAUAAUCAAUCAUUAGCUGUUAAAUUUGUUGAUAAUAAAAUGAAUGGUAAAAUUAUAACUGUGGAUACUAGUAGAGCUAAAAGUAAUAAACAUGUUGUUUCAAUGUGUGCAAAAAAUUUAGGUAUUUUAGAAAUUCAAGAACCAUCAUCAAAACCAUGUAAUAUAUAUUGGCACAAUGUUGUUUAUUCUGAUCUUCGUAAUGUUAUUCCAUCACCAAUGUCAUAUGUAAAUAAAUUUCCUGGAAUGACAGAAUUAGCUAAAAAAAUUAGUUUAACAAAAUCAUUAAAAUCAAUGGAACAAUUAUUUCCAUCAGAGUAUACUUUUUAUCCACAAUCAUGGAUAAUACCACCACAAUUAGAAGAAUUUAAAAAAUAUAUUAAAGAUAAUGAAACAAAAUGGUUUAUAUCUAAACCAGAUGAUGGUGCUCAAGGUAGUGGUAUAUAUCUUUUAAAUAAAUUUGAUGAUUUAAAAAGUUAUAAUGAUAGACAAUUAAUACAAGAAUAUAUUAUUAAUCCUUUUCUAAUGAAUGAUAAUUUAAAAUUUGAUUUUAGAAUAUAUGCUGUUUUAAGAAGUAUUAAUCCAUUAUCAAUAUAUGUUGCCAGAGAAGGUAUGGUUCGUUUUUGUACAGAAAAAUAUAAAAAACCAACAAAAGAUAAAAACUUAAAUUUAUAUUCACAUUUAACAAAUUAUUCUCUUAAUAAAAAUCAUACAUCAUAUAAACAUAGUAAUAGUUUAAAAGAUCAAAUUAAAGGAAGUAAAAGAUUAUUAUCAACAGUCUUCCAUCAAAUGGAAAAAAGAGGAAUGAAUACAAGAAGAUUAUGGCAUAAUAUAAAAAUAAUUAUUGUUAAAACUGUUAUAGCAAUGUUACCAGAAAUAAUGUUAAAUUAUGAACAAACAUUUCAUGAUAUGGAUGGUCCACAAUGUUUUCAAAUUAUGGGUUUUGAUAUAAUGGUUCAAGAUGAUGGAAAACCAAUAUUAUUAGAAGUUAAUGCAGCACCUAGUUUAACUAUUGAACAUACUAUUAUUGAUGGUACUCCACCUGUUAGAUCUAUUGUUGAUGAAGUUAUAAAAGUUCCAUUAGUAAGAGAUUGUCUUCUUCUAGCAAUGAAUAUUUUGGAAGAAGAAUAUAGUUCCAGAAGUGAUUGUGGUAGUGGUAUUUGUAGUGAUUAUUUACCUAAUGAUAUAACUCUUCCAAAAAUAAUAGAUUCUAAUAAUAUAGGAAUAUCAUCAUCUGAUGAUAUAGUUCUUACAAUGAAAGCACGUGAAAAGAAACCUCAUUUAAGUGAAAUAUUUCCAAAUAGAUAUGGUGGUACUAGUGGACAUUUACUUUUUCUUGAUAAAGCUGUUUAUCUUUAUAUGCAAUUUAUAAAUAUUAAAGUAGGUACAAAAAUAACAUUAGGUGGAAUAAGAAAUUUUAUUAGAAAGUGUAAUUUAAUUGGUUUAGUAAGUGAUAAAGAAUUGGGAGAAAAAUUAAAAGAAAUACAAGAAUAUUAUAUUGGAAACAAUAAUGAUACAGUAGAAGCAAAAUAUGGAUAUCCAUUUCAUGGAUUUCUUCAAAUAUUAUUUUAUUUUGCAGAAAUAAAAUUUAGUUAUUGUGAAAGUUUAUUAUCAUCUAUGCAAAGAUUAUUGGUAUUUUGUAAUAAAUCUCUUCAAAAGUAUGGUGUUCAAUCAGCAAGAUUAAGGAGAACAGAAAUUGAAAAAGAUGAAAAUAAUGUUUAUAUUUAUCUUUUACCACAAAGAAUGAAAAGAGGAAGAUGUUUAUUAAAAGGUGCUAGUAUGAGUAGAAGUAAAAGUGAAUCAACAAAAAUAAGGGUUAAAGAUGAAUUUGAAAAAAAUAUUCAAUUACCAAGAACAUUGAAAGUAAAUAACAUUAAAUUACCAAAAAUUUAA